UUUCCGUUCUUGUCCUGUAAUCCUCCUUCGGUUCUUCCAGUCUACUCGCCCUCAUCUCCCUCUGGAAAUCAAUUCUAUACGAUGGCAGAAGCAAUUCCAUACGCCGCCGCCGGCAACAUCUUGACGACCCUGGCAACUUCUGCUUUGCAAAAAAUUGCCUCAAUCCAUGGCCUCAAGAAGGAUCUCAGGAAGCUUCAAACCACCAUUUCCAGCAUCAAGAUCAGACUUGUCGACGCAGACCAGCGCCAAGAAGACAGUGAGGAGGUGAGGUUUUGGGUGAGGCAGCUGAAGGAAGUUCUCUACGAUGCAGAUGACCUGUUCGACGAAUUUGCUACCAAAGCCCUGCAGAGCGAGUCGGAUGCCAAAGGGAGACUGAAAUACCUGGUUCGUUAUUUCUUCUUGUCUUCCUCCAAUCAACUCAUUUUUCGCGCCAAGAUGGCUUGUAGAGUUAGGGAGAUCAGGGAGAGAUUGAAUGAGAUUGCUGAUGAUAUGUCCAAGUUCAACUUUAGGGAGAGAGUCCUGUACUUCCCAGUUCAUAGUACGGAUAGGGAGACUCACUCCUUUGUGUUGGAGUCGGAAAUUAUUGGAAGAGAUGGAGAUAAAGAGGAGAUAAUAAAGCUGUUAAUGUGCCCGAGCUGUAGAGAAAAUGUUUCCGUGGUUCCAAUUGUUGGUAUGGGUGGUUUGGGAAAAACUGCACUCGCUCAGUUUGUGUACAAUGACAAGAGGGUGAUGGAAUAUUUUGAGCUCCGGAUGUGGGUCUGUGUUUCAGAAACAUUUGAAGUAAAGUUGAUUGUUGAGAAAAUCAUAAAGUCUGGGACUGAUGUUGCUGAGGUGGGAACCUUAGAGAUGGAUCAGUUACAGAUUCGCAUUAGGGAAAAGUUGUCUGCAAAGAUAUAUUUGCUUGUCUUGGAUGACGUAUGGAAUGAAAAUUUUGCAAAAUGGGAAGAUUUGAGGAGAUUGUUGAUGGGUGGUGCUGGGGGAAGUAAAAUCUUAGUAACCACUCGCACCAGAGAAGUUGCUUCAAUAAUGUGCAAAAAUUCCCCAUCCCCAUAUGUUUUGGAAGGUUUAGGAGAAGAACAGUCUUGGGCUUUGUUUGGGCGACUAGCAUUUGGAGAAGGAGAAGACAAAGUAGACCCAAACACAAUAAAAAUUGGAAAAGAAAUUGUGCAGCGAUGCAAGGGAGUUCCUUUGGCAAUAAAGACUCUAGGAAGCACAAUGCAGUCUAAAACUGAAGAAAGUGAAUGGUUAUUCAUUAAAAACAGUGAAAUCUGGAGGUCCAAUGAGGUUGGCAAUUAUAUUUUGCCAGUGCUAAAGUUGAGCUACCACCAUUUGCCAACUGAAUUAAGACAGUGUUUUGCCUUUUGCUCAAUAUUUCCAAAAGACUAUGAAAUUCAAAAGGAGGUCUUGGUUCAGUUAUGGAUGGCACAAGGCUACCUUCAGUCUUCCGUUAAAGGUGAGCAUCCAGAAGAUAUUGGUAAUCGAUAUUUCAAUGGUCUGUUGUCUAGGUCAUUGUUUCAAGAUGUCGUGAAAGAUAAUUAUGACAAUGUGAUCAGCUGUAAAAUGCAUGACCUUAUCCAUGAUCUCGCAUUGUCUGUUAUGGGGGAUGAUUGUUUGAUUGCCAAUGAAGCCAAUGUGGAUAAUAUUUCUGAAAGAGUUCGUCAUGUGUCCCUUGAACACAAAGAACUUUUAUUUUCUUUGUUUCAAAUUUCAGAACAAAGGCUAAAGUCAAAGAGGAUGAGAUCGAUUUUCAUUCUAAAUCCAGGAUACUUUGGUGGUACAAUUAGGAUAGAGGCAAGUUCAAAUUUUAGGUUCCUGCGUGUGUUGGAUCUUCAGGUUAUGGGUAUUAUGGAGGUCCCAAGUUCUAUUGGUAAAUUGGAGCACUUGAGGUAUCUCGAUCUCUCUGGAAAUGAAUUUGUCAAAAGGCUUCCCAACUCCAUCAGUAAUAUACGUAAUAUGCAAACACUGAAACUCUCAGAAUGUCAUAGUUUGGAAGAAUUGCCCAAAGACAUAAGAAAAUUAAAGAGCCUCAUAUACCUUAUAAUUGACUAUUGCGAGAGACUAACGUGCAUGCCGUUGGGAUUAGGGCAAUUGACUUUACUUCGAAGAUUACCUUGGUUUGUUGUGGGCAAGGACGGAGAAGCCCAUGGAUUCAGGACCAGUGGUGGAACAUUAAGUGAAUUGAAUGGCCUAAAUCAGCUUCAAGGCACUCUGCAACUGAGAAGUCUGGAAAACACGAGGGAUGUUGAAUUAGAAGGCAAGCAAGCAAACUUGAAGGAUAAAAAACACAUUCAGGUCUUGGAAUUGGUAUGGGAAAAUAAAGGAGAUGGUGAUGACCAUGCAAAUGUAGCAGAGCAUGAUGAGAAGUUGUUAGAAGCUCUGUUUUCGCAGCCACUCACAAACCUCAAAGAGUUGAGGAUAUAUGGUUACAGGGGUAAAAUUUUUCCAGGCAGCUGGAUGUUGAUGGACAAUUUGAGUUUGCUGCUCCCAAAGAUGGUUAGAAUUAGUAUAAGGGGUUCUCACAAAUGCCAGCGUCUCCCACCAUUUAGUCAACUACCUUGUCUCAAGUUUAUGAAGCUUGAAUCUAUUGGUUUUGUGGAGUACAUGGAGAAUAGUUUCAAGGAGUUUCCAUCAUCCUCGUCUUCAUUAGAAGUGGGAAUUUUUAAUCCUGUUAAGGAAGGGGUAACAUUCUUCCCAUCCCUACAGGAACUCACUAUCAGCAACAUGCUCAAUUUGAAGGAAUGGUGGGAAAUGGAAGCACCUGAAGCAUCAACAGCAGACCAACAGCAGCACCAAAUGUUUCCAUCAUUUCCCUGUCUUUCUAUCUUAGAAAUCUGGAAUUGCCCUAAGUUGACAUCAAUGCCAUCUCACCCAUUGGUUGAACGAUUGGGACUCCCUAAUGUUGGUCGGAAGCUUUUAGAACAUUCAAUCAAGAUGAUGGCAGCAGCAACAGCAAUUCCGUCUUCUUCUUCUUCACUGCUGCCUUCCUUUCCUCUUUCCAAGUUGAAGGAUCUGACAAUAAGUGCAAUCAGAGAUCUAGAAAUUCUGCCUGAGGAUGUGCGAAACCUCAAUUCUCUCCGCUCUCUUCUUAUUGUUGAAUGUCCAAAACUUAUGUCUCUAUCUCAAGGUAUUCAACAUCUCACCAGUCUUGAGACCCUGCGUAUUAGAGACUGCAGUGAGCUUGAUUUGUCAGACGAUCAAGAUGAUGCUGAUAGCAAUGAUGGCUUGAGAUUACAAGGUCUUACAAGCCUCCGUUCUCUCGAAAUUUGUAAUGUUCCAAAGUUGGUCUCUCUUCCUAAGUGGCUUCGACGUGCUGCUGCUCUUCAGGAUCUGGAGAUCGAAAAAUGUUAUGGUUUUGCAAAUUUCUCAGAGUGGGUGAGCAGUCCGACUUCACUUCAAAAGCUUCAAAUUUCUGAAUGCCCCAAUUUGAAAUCGCUUCCAAAAGGGAUGUGUGGUCUCACCUCUUUGAAAGAACUGGUGAUUAGUUAUUGUGAAGAGCUUCAUCUGUUGGAUGACGAAGAUGACAUCAGUGGCAGUGGCAGUUUGAGAUUGCAUGGCCCUUUGAGUCUCCGUUCUCUCUGUAUUUCGGGGGUUCCAAAGUUGGUGUCUUUUCCUAAGUGGUUUCAACAUGCUUCUUCUCUCCAAGAUUUAGAGAUCGAAGAAUGUUAUGGUUUUGCAGAUUUGUCGGUCUGGACGAGCAAUCUCACUUCCCUUCAAAAGCUUGAAAUUACUAAGUGCCCUAAUUUGAAAUCAUUGCCAGAAGAGAUGUGUCAUCUUACCUCUUUGAAAGAACUGAUAAUUCUUGGAUGUCCCAGCUUACGGGAAAGAUGCCGUAAGGGUGUUGGUGAGGAUUGGCCUAAGAUCUCUCACAUCCCGUAUUUAAGGAUACACUAAUACUUGAAAGACUUGAAUGGCGUGCCUGCCUGUUUGUCGCACUACUAUAUGUAUGUAUAUGGUUUGUCUCCAUUGGCAUAGAUAUGUGGUGUGUCCUGAGCACGUGACAUCUGCUAGAAGUGGUGGUCAUUUUGCGAAAGGCUAUCAACACAUACAUAAGUAGAUGUAGUGAGUGUGCGUGCAGGGUGUAGGUAUACCACUUAGGAGAAAGAACCCCAAGUAAGUAUAGUAGUUAACCAAACACAAGUAGUAGUUCAUCUCCUCCGACGCCUCCCAUUCAUUCUAGUAUGUCCCCCCCCUAAUCCCAACAUGCUAUGGUUCCCUGGGGUGGGUAGGAGUGGGUCGAGUCCGUAUUGCUGCUGAGCAACAGCUGCAUCCGGGCCUGAUCUAUCUACUCGGCAAUUCACUUGCCGACUUCACGAUCACCAAGGAAGCCCCAAGAAGCAUGAAACAUUAUUGAUGAGAUCCAUGGAGCAAUUCUUACACAUGAAGGAAUCUUCUGCUUCAGCUUCCAGAGGUAUUUGUUGCUGAAGGGUAUGAUGUUGCAUUCGGUUUAUUAUAAUGCAACCAAAGACCUUGAAAGAUAGGGAUCCUGCAUAAUGAUUAAAUGGAGAUCAAACACAGAAGGGGAAAUGAAGAUUUUGAUGCAAGCUUUUCUCUGUGUUAACUACUGCUCAAGAGGGUUUGCGCUGGAGGAAAAGUGACACUGUUGAAUUCUUCAAGCUAAUUAUACAUUGUAAACUGGUGAGUUGUGUCUAGUUGCCCCAUUCUUUAAGAAUGCUCUGAUUCUCAACAGUUUGUGCAAGAGGAAAUAUGGCGCUGUUGUAUGCUUCAAGUUGUCAUGUUCUAUUCUGGAUGUGUCAGUAUUCUGGGCAUUUAAUUUUGGAGAGGAAUUGCACCUAACCACCUUGGUAAAGGCUUUAAUGUUUCAAAAGAACAAAGCAGAAAACCUAUUGAGAUAUUAAAAAAAAUAGACUUUGCUAUGUCAUAUAAUUUUAGUAUAAUGAAUACUUGCUUUAAGAAAAGAGAACACUUAAGAACCUUUAAAAGUGAACAAAAUAGAAGUCAAAUAGAUUUUUUUUUAACUAGGAGGGUAGAUCAUUUAUCAUGCAAGGAUUGUAAAGUUAUUCUAGGUGAAAGUCUAACCACACAACAUAAAGUCUUAGUGUUAGAUAUAUAUAUUAAAAAAUGGAAGAAAAUGGAUAACAUAAACCAGUAUAGGAGAACUAGAUGGUGGAACCUAAAAGGAGAAAAUAUAAUAAAAUUUAAAGAUAAAAUGAUCAAAGAUGUGGAUUGGACCUUAAAGGAUGGGAUAAAUACAAAUACUCUUUGGAAUAGAUUAGCUAGUUCUAUUAAAAAGAUAGCAAAAGACACUUUAGGUGAAUUAAGGGGAAGAUUCUCGAAUAGCAAAGAAAGUUGGUGGUGGGAUAAAGAUGUACAAAAAAUCAUAAAGACAAAAAGAAUUUGGUAUAAAAUAUGGCAAAAAUGUAGAAAUAGAGAUAACUUUGAAAAAUAUAAGAAGACAAUAAAAUAUGCAAAAAGGGCCGUUAGUGAAGCUAAAUAUAGAUCAUUUAAUAGUUUGUAUGAUAGAUUAGGUACAAAAGAAGGGGAAAGAGAUAUAUUUAAACUUGCUGAAGCUAGAGAAAGGAAGAGCAAGGACUUAAGAAAUGUAAAAUGCAUAAAAAGUGAGGAUGAUAUUGUCUUGGUUAAGGACGAAGAUAUUAAAGAAAGAUGGUGAAGUUACUUUAGUAAGUUGUUUAACGAAAACCAAAUAGAAGACUUAAACUUAGAGUUGUCAAAUGAGGAAAAGACUAAAAAUAUAAGAUUUAUUCGCAAAAUUAGAGUUAACGAAGUUAAGUUUGCACUAAAAAAGAUGAAAAAUGGAAAAGCUAUGGGACUGGAUAACAUCCCAAUUGAAGUUUGGAAAUGCUUAGGUGAUAACGGAAUUAUAUGGUUAACUAAUUUAUUUAAUACAAUUGUAAAAACUAAGAAAAUAUCAGAUGAAUGGAGGAAAAAUACUUUAAUACCUAUAUAUAAAAAUAAAGGAGAUAUUCAAAAUUGUAAUAAUUAUCGUGGAAUUAAACUUAUGAGUCAUAUGAUGAAAUUAUGGGGAUGAGUUGUUGAAUAAAGAUUAAGGUUAGAAACGAAGAUCUCAGAAAAUCAAUUUGGUUUUAUGCCCGAGAGAUCUACCAUAGAAGUUAUUUAUCUUUUAAGAAGAUUAAUGGAAAAGUUUAGGGAAAAGAAGAGGGACUUGCAUAUGAUAUUUAUUGAUCUUGAGAAAGCAUAUGAUAGGAUACCUAGGGAAGUUCUAUGGUGGGUUUUAGAAAAAAAAGGUAUAUGUUGUAAGUAUACCGAUGUCAUUAAGGAUAUGUACGAUGGAGUAAUGACUAAUGUAAAGACUAUAGAUGGAGAAACUAGAGAAUUUCCAAUUACCAUAGGUGUACAUCAAGGAUCUGCUUUGAGUCCUUAUCUUUUUGCUUUAGUGAUGGACCAAUUGACUAAGAGUAUUCAAAAGGAGGUUCCAUGGUGUAUGUUGUUUGCAGAUGAUAUUGUAUUAAUUAACGAAACUAGGGAUGGAGUAGAGGCUGAGUUAGAAUUAUGGAGAUAAGCUUUGGAAUCUAGAGGCUUUAGGAUAAGUAGAAAUAAAACAGAAUAUAUGAAAUGUAAUUUUAGUAAUGAUAGGAGGAAUAUUGGAGACAAAGUUAAACUUGAUGAUGAAGAAAUAAAUAACACUUGUAGAUUUCGAUACCUUGGAUCUAUUAUGCAAGCUGAAAGAGAAAUUGAAGAUGAUGUAAUGCAUAGAGUUAAAGCUGGUUGGGUAAAAUGAGAAGUGCUUCAAGUGUGCUAUGUGAUCGUAGAAUAUCCUUAAAAUUGAAAGGAAAGUUUUAUAGGACAGCUAUAAGACCAGCUAUGCUAUAUGGAUCGGAAUGUUGGGUGACGAAAAAACAUAAUAUCCAAAAAGUAAAAGUUGCCGAGAUGAGGAUGCUUAGAUGGAUGAGUGGUAUAACAUUGAAAGAUAAAUUAAGGAAUAAAUAUAUUCGUGGUAAGUUAGGUGUAGCUCCUAUAGAAGAUAAGAUAAGGAAGGGACAACUCAGAUGGUAUGAACACUUGUAACGUAAGCCUUAUAGUGCACCUGUGAGGAAGAGUGACUUAGUUACUGUGGGGGGCAGUAGAAGGGGUAGGGGUAGACUUGAAAUAACUUGUGAUGAAAUAAUGAGUAAGGAUUUAAUAUCCUUAAAUCUAUCAAAAGAAAUGGUCCAUGAUCGCAUAAAUUGACGGAAAAUGAUUUAUAUAGCCGAUUCCAUUUAGUGGGACUAAGGCUUGGUUUUGUUGUUAUUAUUGUUUAUAUUAAAAAAAAAUAUUAAUGGUUGGUAUAUCCUCAUUACCAUAUAUAUUUCUCCAAUAUUCCAUGCAACUGCAUCAAAAUUUUGCAAUUUAGGUCUAGCAUGUGCUAUUUCCCUCACAGUCAUCCAAACUCAUCCAACCUCUCCAAAAUUAUUUGAAGGCAUGCAUAAUUGGACAUUUAACAUUAAUUAUAUAUGUUGCCUUUAAUAAAUCUUCCAUUAUUUUCUCAAUAAUAAUCUUGAAUUUUAAGAUUUUUUUUUCUCAAUCAAUCUCGAUUCUUCGAUCAAGCAGUCUUUUGAAUGAAUAUGAUUGAUAAACAAUAUACGUAUCCAAUUAGUUGCUAAUCACACUCUUUUGAGAGUAUUAUUUUGAGACACAAGAAUUACCCAAAGAAAAGAAAAGAGAAAGAGGAGUUGCUUGGCUGGUUUGAGUUCUUGGUCUUUAGCUGAUGCCAGAAGACGGUCUUUAGCUCAUUCUACGUCAAUUCCUUACCUUUUUAUUCGACUUUUCAACUGUGAAAGAGGACAGUUUGAUGCACUCUGUUCAACAUUCCUGUGAACUUUCAAAAAAUAAAGGUUGGAAAUUAAAGUGAAAUAUUUGAGUUAUAUUGCUUUUUGGUGGCUUGUUCAGUGGUCAUUGAUAAAAAAUGAAUGUAGGCGCCAUGUUUCAAGAAAUGAUCAUUUGCACUACGUGUCAGAAAUUUAUAUUUUUCCUGCUAUUACUUCACCUUGUACAAUGUAUUUGCCUGUGAAUCCUCAGUUCGUACACUUGAAACCAACGACUGGAUGAUGUUUGAUCCAAUGAUUAUGCUACUACUCAUGGGUAAGGCCAAUUUGUUCUCCUUGUUGAAGUUCACGAACCAUGCAUAUGUCAAAAUUUCAAUUUCUCAUAUAUUCUUAUCUGGAGUGGGCUGCAAAUGCUUUAUAUGAAAACAAAAAUUCAAGUAUUGAUAGGCAAAUUGAUGUUUCUAUUGUUCGCUAUAAAAGUAGCAACCCCUACUGACAGUAUGCUUGUCUGUUAUGUACUGCAAAAACAUGUAAUUCAUUAGUAUGUGCUUUUCAAUAGACAAAUAGCCAAUAGCAGGAUUGAACUAACGAUUUUUCACCAUAACAAAAAAUUCAAACUAUGGGGGUUGGUAGUCUGUUAAUGUAUAUCCUGCAAUUUAUAUUUCUGAGGUUAUCUAAUUGUUUUGGCAGAAAACCUGAAUUUUUCAUUGUGCAUCAACUGCAGUGAAGGGCAGAACAUCAAAGAAUGGCAUGACUCUUCUGUGUGUUCUACUUGAACAUUAAUUUGUGUUGAUUCACAUAUGAGGAUUUAGUGGGGCUUCCUUGUCAACCACUUGAUGAAUGUCUCUAAACUUGAAUGAUUCUGAAAUACCAACUGAUUUUUUUUUUUCUUCUCUUUGCAUUCUCUGUUGGUCCAACAUAAGAAAUAUUCUUUGAUCGAACUGGUGACAAAGAAAUGAUGGCUCCAAGCAUUUUAAAGGGCAAAGACACAGGCAAAGACAUUGAAAGCGAUUCUGCAACAACAGAAACUCUGGCAACAGCUCAAAUCAAAGAGAGAAGGCACUAAGAGCAGUUUUGAGGAAAACAGAAACUCUUUAUACUGAUUUAAGUUCAAUACCAACGAAACAGACGAAACCAUCCUCUGAUCACUAAGUCAAGUUGGAAAAAGAAACGAAGAUCAAAGUUGAUCAUAUCCUCAAAUGGUCUGCAAUUGAAAUUUGAAGCUCCAUGAAACAUAUGGAGAAGUUGAAAAUGGUCUGCAACUUGUGUUUUCUGUAUUGUUGUUUCUUGUUCCUGGAUUUCUUCAGUGAAAAAAAACCAUUUUCCAGAAUGGGUUCAACGUCAUUUGGUGUAGAACUGACAAGAGGCAGAGGAAGAUGCAGGCUAUUGACUUCACAGAUUUGCAUAAGCAGGGUAAUCUUCAAAGGAAUACGAGGCCAGCAAGCUUCACCAACUUCUUUUUCAAAAACUAAUCAAAAAUACAAACUAUGAAUUGUGGACCCCUUAAUUAUUAUUAUUUUCUUUCUUCAUUCUUACCAAUCUACAUUGUGUUAGAAUGUUUUAAGCAUGAAUUGAUGCUGUUGAUAUCUUACUGUUUAUUAAAUGCAAAUUAACUUGGUUGAAGCUACGAUCAGUUUAUUUGUUAAAGUCUAAAUUUUUCGUUUUGGAAAUAAAAUUUUCUUUUAAGUUUUUC